AUGCUCGAGAAGCUCAAGACAUCCGUCGAAUCCCUCCACUCCACAAACUUCGGCAACCCCGCGUAUCCCGUGCUCGACGCUUUCCCCAAGAGCCUGGUAAAGUUCGUCGAGCAGCUGGAGAGGGGGUACGUGUCGACGUUUAGUGGUCGAGUGUUUCUUCAUGAUUUGGUUAAAACAGAGACUAAAAACCCAGUUGACCCCAAACAAACUGGGACAAAAGCCGUACAGCCUGACGAAAACAAAUAUACAUUGACUGAGUACGGUGAGAAAUGUGCUAAGAUCAUUCUCACAAUAUUGAACAUGUUAAACAGCGAUUUGAAUGUUCUUAAGAAUACGUGCAAAAAUAUUUCCUCAUCUAGUCAAAUUAAUAAAUCGUCUCAUUUGGGAGACUUACUCACGUCCUAUGGUUACCGUGUCUCCGAUAAAGACAAGCAAAACGGUGAAUUGCAAGACAAGUCUGAGUGCAAGGGUUCACAUGUAUCAGAUAAAAUGAGGGAAGCAAUUCCCAACGCCAACAUGGAACAUCUCACGAAGUGCUUAUCAGAUGACACAAAGAAACCAGGCGCACAAAAAUCACCAUGUAAUCUACUGGACAUCCUUUCAUGCCUCUUCACUCACCUCAGUGAAUACAAUAAAGUCGGCCACAUCGCCACUUUCUCUGCUAAAAGAACACCAUGCUCCGUCUAUGAGAUGCUCUCCUGGUGCUGCGGUCUCGAGUAUAACAGUGCUUACUCAAAGAUGCAGCAGCAUUGUAAGACGUGGCUUGAGAGAGAAGAGAAAAAGGAGAAGCAAGAAAAAGAGAGAGUGGAAGCAAAAGGAGAAACAUAUAAGCCUAAGAAUGACACUGCUUUUAAAAGUAUAUUAAGCAAGCUGGCGAAUCGUGGACUGCCUCAGCUAUUCGUAAACUCACGUAGCAUACUCACCACAAUCCUUGGCACCGGGGACGCGGAGACUGUUUACGCCUCUGACUUCGCCAACAAUAAACUUAAUUUGAAAUAUCCCACUUCAGGCGAAGAGUGCUUAAAUACGUUGCUCGAUAUAUUACGUAGAUUGUUCCCGCCACUUAGAUAUAUGCAUUACCGUUGUAACCUUAGAGCAAAGCACUACGGCUGGGACAAUUGCCAGUACGGCAAGAAUAUCCCUACAACCAAGUGGCCAUGUAACGUUCACUCAGCGGACAAAUCAACGUGCCAACCAAAUUGCCAGGCAAAUGACCAACCAAACUGCCAACCAACGUCGCCACUUCAGUGCUACUUAACCGAUUCCCUACUCGGCCACUUACCUCACGAUGUAACCUCGAUUGGUUGCAAAACAAUCUGUAACACUUGCCCCAAAUCUAUGCCUGGAAUGCCGUGUAUAACUCCAAUGGGCUUCAGGGGUUUCUCUAGUAGUACGCGUAGAGGUACAGAGCUGUGUAAGGUACUAGACAAAAUUUUCGAUGACGCCGAUCUCAUAUCCCUCUUCAGCCUUGUUGCCAAAACACCAAGCACUUUGCCAGAACACUUCGGCUUUGUGUUAUCGCUUGUUAAUGACUGGCAUGAAAGCACAAAGUUAACCAAAAAUAUUGUCCAAACUGCCUUUAAAAAAUCAAUCAGUGAUGUAUCCAUUAGCCUAUAUGAGAACGUCGGAACGCUUACAGAUGCGCUUCGUGAUGCCUAUGGCUCCAGUCAGAGUAACCAUGAAUCAAAUAAACAUGAAGAUAAUGAUACUAUUGACGGCAAUGAUGAUGUACUGAAAAAGAGGGACGUGUCUAGUUUGUCUAUGACUAUAGCAUGUUCCGGCCAAAAUGUCCACUGCGCUCCGUAUCUUGUCACCUUGUGUCACGAUGCCUACUACUACCUUAACACCAGUCAUUCCAACACAUACCUCUCGUGGGCCGUCUACCUCCCAUGGGCAUUCUACCAAUAUCUCAAAAAUCUAUACGAUACUUUUUGUGCCAUAAACUGCCAGGAUUGGGGCUGCCGUGGAUGUCUUCGCGGUGACAAGUGUAAAACAGGGAAGCAUGGUGUUGUUGAUAAAGACAAUGCAUCAGCGAUAUGCCAGUGCCCCUCGUUGGUCCAGUGCAAAGGCGUCUUGGCAACCCUCUACACUUAUGGAUUCACAUUUGGGAACGCAGCGAGAUUGAAUUCGAAGGGUGCAGCAAUGAAAUGCUCUGAUUUCUGCACUCAACUUUAUGAUGUACUGCACUCUUCUUAUUUCAGAAAAUUAUUCGACGAGUGCGACAAUUUCCUGAAAGAAAUCAGAUGGCCGUUUAUGCUGACGUUGUUAGCCCUCUGGUCGCUGUCGCUCCUCUACCUGCUGCACAUCGUAGUCGUCCGCCUCGACGUGCUGAGGAUACGCUCCCACCUGAGAUCACCCUCAAGCCACCGCAUCGCCGCGCAGUCGCUCCUCGCCGUUGCAAAGGUUGGGAAAAUUGCCAACGUCAAGUACUUCUCACCAUAA